AUGACUGAUGGCAAUGGUAAGAGUAUCUCUCCGAUACGAUCAGACUCAAUCAUCUAUUAUGGUACCCUUAUAAUCAUAUCAUGGCUUAUAAUAUGGUAUAUAAUAUACCUCCUAACAGGAUUUCAUCUUCAAUCUAUCACUAUAAAUAAUGGUAUCCUGUUUAAUGGAUUAAGUUUCACCAAUAAAUCAUUCAACUUAUCCAUUAAUUCAUUCAGAUUCAGAUUAUGGGGUAAUACAAGAAUGAUUGUGGUUGAUAAUGUUACCAUUGAUUUUAAACAAAAAUUAUCUUCAACUAAAAAGCAUAAGCAGUCAUCCCAAACCACCACAACAGAAGAUGAUAUAACUUCAGCCAAAAACUUAAUCAUAUACCCAUCCAAUAAAAUAUUCAAAUUCAUAAUACGACAUUUGAUUCAACAUAUUCCAACCAUCGAUAUCGAAGUAAGACAUACUACUUUAAAUUUCCCCCACAUUAAUCAAAUCAUUAAACUUGAUUAUUUAAGAUAUCAAUUGAAUUCACGAUAUAGUCAGAAAUUCAAUAAUAGAAUCAAAUUCCAAACUAAUCUAUUCCUUAAUAGUCUCAAUCAUACCAUUAUUCACGAUGAUAAUAAUAAUAAUCAAGAUCAACAAUCAAAACCAAGUGUGAUGGCUAAUACCAUACGAUUGGAUUUAAACUUCCAGAUUCAUUUAGAUGAUGGUUUAUUAGAUAAUAUCAAAGUUAAACUUGUCUUCAAUGAAAUAAGAGUUCUGAUUUUUAAUUUAUUAAAAUCUUAUCUUGAACACCAUAAAUAUUUCGAAAAUUUUGAAAAUGAUUUAUCCGAACAAUUCACGAGUUUUGAUGACUCUGUCAAUAAUGAUACCCUUAAUCACAAACCAAAACCAAAAGACGAUAAGGAACAAGUUAAAGAUCGUAAAAUAAGAAGAUUCUUACGGAUUUAUAAACAUUUACAUUCAGCAUUAACUGAGUUCUCCAUUCAAUUAGAAAAUUUAAACCUUGUUGAAAUCCCAUUCGCCACUAUUGGAGAAUCAAAAACUUUACAACAAUAUUUUAAAUCAACUAUCACUCCUACAAAUUCAUUAGAUUUGAUCAUCAAGAAUUCAUCUUUCAAUCUUAUUAAAUUACAAAACCAUGCGGCAGGGUUCGAAGUAUUAUUCGAUCCUAAUGAUGAUGUUCCAACCCAUUUAACUGCCUCUUUACAAUUAUUACAACUCCAUUAUACUAAAUUCGUCAAUAAUGGGAAUAAAUCAAAUACAACUUUGGGGGAUAAAAUUAAAAUCUCUGAUGAAAUAAUGAAUAUCCCUAUCAUAUCAAUCACUUAUAAAACCAAUACUUUCGAUCAAUUGAAGAAGGGAAAGGGGUUUAAAGAUUGUGUGAUGGAGUUUUAUUCAUCCACUAGUAAUCCAAUCUUGGAUUUAGAUACCAAUCAAUUAAGUGAAUUGUUUUAUAAUUAUGUGUUGAUUCAAAAAGUUAAGAAAUUAAAUGAUUUAACCAAUAUUAAAGUAUCUCAAUCGUUUAAUACGGAUGAUUUAAUGUUUAAUCAUCGUCAAUUCGCUUAUGGCGAGUCUAGUGAAGAGGAAGAUGAAAUCACGAAAGUUGAUAUCGAUACUAAUGUAAAUGAACGGUCAAACCAGCAACCUCAACAAGAUCAAAAGGAAUCGUCACAAUCAUCUACGUUAAUUCAAGAUAAAUUGUAUAAUCUCCUAAAUGAUUAUUUACCUACUUUGGAUUGUAAGUUGAUUAUGGAACAACCAAGAUUAGUCUUACGUCAUCAUGAUAUACAUUCGAAAAAGAUUCAAUUAUUAAAUUUCACUUAUUCAUUAUUAGAUUUUCAUCUUAUAACUACUUCAUCAAGAAAUUAUGAUACUUAUUGUAAUGUGUUGCAUCCUACCAUAGUAUAUCAUGAAAAAUCUACAUCUUCAACUCCAGAAUCCCCUGCAUCUAGUUCACAUCCUAUCAAUUCAUCUCAUGAAAUUUUAAAGAUAAAGACAAUAGGCUUACAUUUAGAUGUUUUGAAGUCGCUCAAAGUCAAAGCUGAUUUCCAAAUUGAUGAUUUGUUCAUCGAUUUAUCAAAAGUAGAUGUCUUAAUUGGGAUCAACACUUUAUUAAAGGAUGUAACUGGUUUGGCUGAGAAUGAUUUGAAUAUAGGAAUGGUUAAUUCAUAUUUAAAUUCUGCUAUUUUAAAAAUCAAAAAACAAUUGAUCUUUUAUAAUCGAGAUAUUAAUGUUAAUUUCAAUUCAGCUUCUUCUAGUUCAGCAAGUUUGGAAUCGAAGGUAUUCAAACAUUUACCAAAAUGGUUAUUGGAAGUUAAAGCCAAUGUCAAUUCGACUCAAGUUUCAAUUGGUUCAAGAUCGGUCUUGAUUUCAAAGCAGUCCAUUUCAAGAAUAUUCGGAGAGAAUUAUGAUGCUGAUUUUGAUAAGUUGAAUUAUCAAUUAAAGAGCUUGAUUGCGAAGUUUGAUAAUUUAUCCAUUACCGUGGUUAAUCAAAAUGUUUCUAAAUCUGAAGAUGAACCUCUUGGCAAUGGGUUGAUUUCAUCGACAUCUACAUCAAAUAAUGGAUCAUCAAAUUCAACCACCGUCAAAGCAAAACCUUUCUGGGUGGUUAAUUCUAAAAUCACUAAUUUUAAAGUUUCAACAUUAUCAAAUCCAUCAAGUAACAAACAUGAUGCAUUCAUCACAAUUCCAACAUUCACUACUAAAGUCUCAGCUAUAAGAGGAAACAAUAAUUCAAUCAAGCUUGAGUUACAUCUUGAUGAAAUAAAAGGUGCUUAUGAUAAAUAUAAACUAUUCAUUCUAAUAGGGGCGAUAUUCGUCCUUCGUGAAUUUAUUAUCGAACCUGUCCAACUAAUAAAAUCAAAACUUAAAUUAAAGAAUGAUAUAUUAAGAUUCCAGCCAAAAGUAGCUUCUUCAAGGAGAAGUUCCAAAUCUAUUAAAGAUUUGUUGGAUGUUGAAGUUAAGUUGAAUUCAACUGAUUUUGUGUUUCAAUUAAGUGAUGAAAUUAAGAUUAAAAUCCAACAAUCUAGAGCAUCAGUUCAAUUCAGUAGAGGCAUUCUUGUUGUCAAUAAUGAAUUAGGAAGAAUCUUAACCGCUUCGUCUUUGGUUGAUAAUUAUUGGAAUAGAAUUUUAAGUAUUGAUAAUUUCAAAUUUGUCACAGGUGACAAAACAAAAGAUACCAAAUUUGAAAUCAAUACUGAUGCAAUUAGAUUUAUUCAACCUCAUAAAUUUGUUAUUUAUAAAUUAAUUGAUAAUAUCUCAGUGUCGAUCAAAACAGCAAGAUAUUUAUUCAAAUACUUAAAGGAUAAUUCGGCUCGUAAGUCAGCUAUAAUCAAACCCAAUGAAUCAAAAAUUAAACUACCAGCUAUGAGUAUCAAAUCUAAGAGAGUCACAUUUAAUAUGGAAGAUGAUCCAUUUGAAGCUGAUUUAGGUAUGAUUUAUCAAUUAGGAUUGGUAGAGCAAAGGAAAAGAUUAGAGAAAUAUUCAUUAUUUGAUUUGAAAUCAAGUCAAAAAAGAUUAUCAAAAGCUGAACUUGAACAAAAAUUAUCCCAAUUACAAGAAAAUAUUUCAAGUUCUUGGAUUAGAAAAGUUAAAGUUUAUAAAUCUAAAUUACGUCAAGAGUUGGUUGCUAAUAAGAAAUUCCUCUUUGGCAAUGAGCUUAAUAUUGAAAGGUCAAAAAAUAAUGAUGUCAUGCCAUAUUCUCUUCAUGCUCCUUUGUUAUUUGUCAUCAUGGAAACAUUUGAUAUAAGUGUAAAGGAAGCUGAAUUUAGUGCUAACGACUUACCUAAAUUUCUUAAUGAAGUGGGUCAAGGAUUACCAUUGGAUACUAAAUUUUCAUUAUUAUUACCUAUGCAUUUGAAAUUGAAUCUUGCAGAGUUAAGAAUGCAUAUGAGAGAUUAUCCAUUGCCUUUAUUACAUGUUCCAAGAAAUAACGAUAAGAAUCUUCCAAGUCUUUCAUUAGUAGGUCAUUUAGUUAUUGCUGAAGAAUUCGUGACGGCAUUGGAACAUAUCAGAGAAGUGACUGUUCCAUUGAUAGUAUCUAAAAAGAGAAAUAAAUUCGAAUCACUUAUCAUUGAAAGAUCAUUAUCAACAGUUAAACUUUAUUCUGAUUUAGAAUGUAAUUUCGAUUCUGAAUCUCCUUCAAGAUUUGUAUGGGGUCAGUCUUAUCAAUUUGCAAUUCAACAGUUCAUGUUAAAUUUUGAUCAAUUUUCUAAACCUCCAAUUGAUCCUUCACUGAAAUUAGGAUUCUGGGAUAAAUUAAGACUCUUGAUGCAUGGUAGUCUUCAUAUCAAAUCUCGUAAGAGUAUUGAAGUUGGAUUCAAAAGUUCAAGAGAUCCAUAUGAUUUAAUCGAAACUGCUUCUGGGUUUGUAUUGUCAUUUAGGAAGAACGUAGUUUGGAAAGUUAACGAUAGUGGAGAUUCACGAGAAUUCUUUGAUAUUACUUCCGAGAAGGUAUCUUGGUAUAUUCCUAAUUAUUUAGGUGCUCCUUUAGUAUCUUGGACAAGAGAAAGUUCAAAAGCUGUAUCAUUGGCAGAUUCAAAUCAAUUCAUAACCUCAUGCUACGCUUACUAUUUGGAUGACGGUAGUGCAAAUAACAUCAAAAAAGGUACUACUGAUGUAUUCGAAAAGAAUGUUGUCAAUUUAAGUGGUGGUGUCAGUUUUAAGGUCGGGUUCUUAUUACAAAGGAAAAAUGAAGAUGGUGAAAGAGUUGAUAAGUCAAGACCCCAUUAUGACGUUAAGUUAUAUAAUCCAAAAUAUACUUCGGAAGGUCAUGACUCCUAUGCUGGAUUUAGGAGUGAUUAUAUCCAUAUGGCCAUAUCCUUGUAUGCCAAUAAAGAUACCAGUUAUAAUUCAAUUCAUUUAACACCUGGUGUGUUUAAACAUUUCUUCCAUUGGUGGAAAUUAUUUGCCAGUAAUAUGACUUUACCAGUUAGAAGAGGAAUAUUAUUUGGUGAACUAAAAAAGUCUGCAAAAUUUUCGCAGCAUUUAUUUACCAAUAAAUUUAUUUUUGAUUUAAAGGAUUUAUUCAUAUCACAUAUUUAUCGUGAUGAAACUAUUGAUCAUGAUGAGGAUAGAGUUGAAUGUAUUGGUGUUAGAGCUAAAAUGGAUGCAUUCCAAGUCGAUCUUCAUCAAAGGAAAGAACCAAGAUUUGAAGUUCAUGAGGGUUUAUCACGAAAUAAAAAGAUUUUAAAGAUGAAUUUCAAUGUUGGAGAAGUCAGUUUUUCAGGAAUUGAUGUCAGAGUUAUAAGGGCUUCAUUCAAACAAGAGAUAUAUACCAAGAAAACAAAAUACAAUCCCCUGGCUAAUAUAUAUACUAUAUUCGAUGGAGACAAGAGAUGGUUUGAUAUACAAGAUUUUGAAGAAGUCACCUUACCUAGUCUUAAAGAUACUGAGAGGAUAUUCAAUGUUUAUCCACUUCUAUAUGCCAAUUUGUUCACUUAUACGAGAGAUACUCAGCUUGAUCUUCUGAAACUUGAUGCGGAUAUCGAGAUCUUUGGUAAUGAAAAUAUUCAUCCUUGUAAAUUAAAUUCGAAGAACGUUUUCGAACCUCAAAUUAAUGUGUUGAAAAAUAGAAUCCUACAAUUAGAAAGUCACAUCAAACAAAAUAAGUCGAAUGACAAAUUGGUCAAUCAUUUGACUAAGAGAAUUAAGUUUUUGAACGAGGAGAUUCAUUUCAAGAGGAAAAAUUUGGGUCAUUUCAAGAGAACUAUGUCAGUUGCUUCUACUACUUCUGAAAUUAAAGAGAAUUUCCAUAAUAAAUUUACGUUUGUUGGCAUGUUAUUGAAAUGGAAUUUUGAUAAUAGAAAUAAUGUACUAAAAUAUAUUCAUUUUGUUAAACUUAAAAACAGUUUAAGGAAAUACCUAUCUUAUGAUUCUAUUCGAAGACUAGAAAAGAUCAUUGAAAGUAAUGAAUCCAGACUUAAUACUGAUAACAUGUCUUUCAUAUCCCGUGAAUUAACAAGACGUCAACUGGGUGGUAAAGAUACAAUGGAUGACUCUAAGUUGCCGCAGAUCAAAUCGAGUGAUAGAAUGGAGAAAUUUGACCAAAUCCUCAGACGUCAUUCUGCAAAUGAAAGUAUAGCUGAAGAUUAUUUGAUUGAGAUAAUUUCGCCUCAAAUUCAACUUCAAAGUGAGGAAAGUCCUGAUUCGAUUGUUUUGAUUGCAGCUCCAAGUAUAGAUAUGAAAGUAAUUUCAGUUGUUGAAAAAACUUCCAACCAAUUACUAGCAAAACCAGUCGAACUAGAAGCUAGAUAUGGUGUUUUGUUAAAGGAUGCCAGCAUUUUUGUAUUGGAUAAAUCGAUCUUGAAGUCUGAUAGGCUCUUACUUAAUAAAUCUACCUACGGUUCUAAAACAAAUUGGCCACCUUGGUUCGGUAUUGAAAUAUGCAAGAGUGGAGUAUGGGCCGGAAAAGAUAAAUUAUUGAUUGAUAAAACCUCCAUGAUGAUAACAUAUGAUGAUAUUCAGACUAUGGAAAGGAACUGGAAUACAAACAGUAAUGAUGAUGUUGAGUCGAAAAUGACGGCUGAAGAAGAAGAAGCUCUAGCGGAAGAUGUUCUGCAAGAAGUUGAAGGUGCUGCUAGUCGAUUUAAUGUUGAUAUUCCGAAAGUGGUUCUUUCUUCAACAUCUGAUCAAUAUAUUACGUUAUAUGGUAUUGUCUUGAGUUUGUUAUUUUAUUCCGAACCAAUGAGUAAGAGAAUAACUGAAAAAUUAGCCGAAUUAAAGUUUUCGGUUGAUUUCCAAGAUUUACGUGCUUUAUAUGAUCGAUUGGCUGAUUUACAUGACUAUUAUUCCAAAAUGACUUACAUAUCAAGAAAUUAUUCCUUCAGGCAAGGAAAAUUAAGUAACGAAGAUUUGAAUAACCAUCUUGAACUUAAUUUGGAAAAAGGUGAAAUGGUAACUGAGAUAUACUUAUUAUUACAGACUUUAUUGACUGGAGAUAUAUCUCAACAAGAUUCAUCAUCCAAACCACGAGAAUUUUGGUUUAUUAGAGCUGAUGAGAUCAUUUGUCAUUUCUUAGAGAAUGAUCGUACUCCAAUUUUAGAUUUUGCCUUGGCUCGUGGAAAAUAUAAGAGAACUGUUCUUGCUAAUGGAUCUAAUAUAAACCGAAUUGAAAUAGGUAUCUUGCAAGGAUUUAAUUUGAUUCAAAAUGCAACAUAUCCUGAGUUAAUUGAGCCAUACCUUCCAAAAGGUAAAGAAUUUGAUUAUGACAAGAAUUUAAUUGCCGUAGAUUGGACGAUGAACAGAUCAGUAGGAGGUAUUAAGAUUGUUGAGGGACUUGAAAUAUCAUCGCAACCGUUGACCAUCAAAUUAGAUGAAAUAACUGGUGAUAAAUUGAUGAAUUUCAUGUUUUCUGAAAAUGAAGAUGGCGAUAAAGUUUCAAUAACUAACUUGACAAGUAAAAAGAGAAGAGAUGAAGUUGAAGUUGAUGCAGAUGAUGAUUCAGCACCUUUUGGGUUUGUUGAAGAACUAGAAGGUGUUAAUAAAGGUGUUAGAUUCGAUGAAAGCUCAGGAAGUGGUAGUGGAAGUUUUGCUAGGGGAACCCUGUCAAGACAUAUGACUAGAUUAUCUGAAAAAGGAUCUACCUCAACCACAGAAGUAAUAGAAGAUGAAUAUCAAGAACAAAUCAGUGAUAUGCUUGAUAGAUCUAAGACUUACCUCUCAAUCAUUUCCCUUCAAGUUCAUCCUAUCUCAGUUAUGAUUUCAAUUAAAUUAAAUUCAGGGUAUAAGAGAUUAUUAAACGUUCAAGGUUUAUUGAUUGAUUUACCAGAGUUCAAGAUUGAACAAGAGAUUGUAUCGUUUUUGGAAAUCACACAGUUAGCUCAAAAACGCAUCAUCAAGACCUUAUUCAAUCAUAGUGGAAGAGUUAUAAGAAACAAAUUAAGUUCCAAGAAAAAGCAAUCGAAACAAUUGAUGAAACAGCCUUUGACACCCAUCAAGAAGUAUGUUAAAUAUACCUCUAUUUCUGAUCUUAUCGCUACUGAUAAAGAAAAGACUGAAUAAGAAAACUCGACAUAAUAAACAAAUU